AAGAAAUCUCGCGAGACAGAAAAGCAGCAGAACGAGUAGUUUCUGGUCGUUGCACUCUCGUUGCAGCGCUUUAUGGUUUUCGAGUCCGACGCCUCCCUUUCGAGUGCGAAAAAUCAGACACAAUUCGAUCGGAUAUUAAUGAACAGACCGUCUAUACGUCGAAUAAAAAUGUCCGCGUUAAUUGCGAAACUCCGGAUACCGUCUUCCUUCAUUCGUUCAUUAAUCGUUCGAACAAAUUGCAAGUUCGACGUUCUGAAUCUCUUUGAAUCGUGAAUUAAACGAUGCGUCGAUCACACAUCCGAUACGGUAAAAACCGCAUUAAAGUCAUCGUUUAGCAAAUGAAUAAAAUCUGGUUCACCUAUUACUUUCUAUCAUUUUCUUAUCAUUCGAAGCGUUAUAUGUAAUCACAUUGUGAUUUAAUCGAACGAUAUCUAUUACGUCGGAACAAUAGCAGUUUAGUUUUUUUUAGUAUGUUUGACCACUGUUGCUUCAACGAAUGAUCGAAUAAUCGCGUCUCCUCUCCACAAAUUGUCCAUUUCUGUGCGCAAUCUCAGCGUCAAUUGGAGACAACUUACAGCACGUGGCGCUUAUUUUUUUUUUUAAUCAUCGUGCACUUUGAUAUCACGAUUUUUCCAACGAAUCGCCCGUCCACUUUUACAGCUCGUUAAAACCUCUACCGUUCGGGAACUCGUUAACGUGUCAACCGAAAUGUCCUCUUAGCGAUCGAAUUGCCAAAAUCGAGAUCCCCGGAAGAUGCCGCGGCCGAGAACGCGAGUGAAAGUCGCGUGAGAUUAAAAAGCCGUCGGAAAGUCAAGACAAUACGCUGGACCCGACAGUCGGCGAACUCUCGGAGGAGUCUGGGGUUCUCUUAUCCGCGAGAGAGAGUCCUGAAGAAGAAGAAAAAGUAGCAGAAGAAGAAGAAGCAGCAGAAGACGACGGUAAAGAAGAAGAAGAAGAAGGACCACCGGCUCGGGUAAAAGCCUCGGAGGAGUGGCAGUAGUGGGGUCGAGAAAUGCCAGAGGGACAUUUUGAAAAUCUUUGGUUCGACGCAUGCGUGGGGCCGCACUCGACGCCUGAUGGAGCGCGAUGAAGCUGCCCCUCGGUGGAUGAGGAAGGGUCGAAACCCGGAGAAGAGUGGCUGUGUCUGAUGGUGCGCCGACGUGGCUCGUGCCAGGACACCGGGCGUCGCGUCGCGUCGAUCUAGGAUCGUGUCGCGUGUAUCAAUUAUUCGGCGAAACAAAGCAGGAACGGUGGGUGUCCCGUCUCGGAGGCAUCGAUCGGGAGCCGCGCGGAGAGAGAAAGAGAGAGAGAGCGAGAGAUGCCAAGCGAGAACAGAGAGAAGCAGCCGCUGCAGACCGCUUCCGGUGGCAGGCAGCAUCAUCAUCAGGACGGCUCUCCGUCGAAGGCCAGCGACUCGGAGAGGAAUCCUCGUGGCAGCUCGAUGAUCCCGCUGCCGAGGGCGGUGCAGCAGAACCCGAAGACCGUCAAGACCGAGAAGAACCGACUCAGGCUGAUCAUGGAGAGCAGGGUACUCACCGACGUCCUCGAGAAGGAGAGGAAGAUCAGCGGCGAGGACAGGUCCGAGGAGUUUCGGAGUUUCGCCUGCUGCGAACCGGCCGCGGCCACGAGACACGCGGAUGCGUCCUCCUACAAGUCCUGCAAGUCCUCCAAGGUCUGCAGGUGCUGCAGCUAUCGGUGCCCUUCCAGAAAGGAGGACGCGGAGCCGAGCUACAAGAGAGCAGAAAGAUUGCUCCCGGAGGAGUGUUGUCGCGUUCCCCACAGGCCGGUAGGCGUCGGCGUGGAAGGUGUCGGCUCCUGGAGGGGCCAACGGCGCCCCCACGGCGUCGAGAUACCUACGCCCCUGGUCGGCGUCGCGGCGCACGAGCUGGAGUCGUCGUUGGACGGCGCAGCGUUCAACCCCGUCGUCGUCGCAUCGGCGGCGACAUCCGCGAGAUGCUCUGCGUCGAAGAACGCUCUGAGAACGGCAACAUCAUCCCCCGCCUCAUCGUCGUCGUCCGUCAAUGCCGUCGUCAGCCCCAGGCCAAGGUUCUACCUAGGCUCCGCGAUCGCUGAGACCAGCAAAGAGGAUGCCAUGGAGCCGGAAGUCAAGGAGGAGGACGAACGAAGGUCGUCCACGCCGAGCCCCGAGAUUUAUUCGCGAAGAAGCAGACACUACAAUGAGGGUGGCAGCAGCGAGGAAGACAGCAAACCAGACACGUCCUUGCAAGGUCACCGGGUGCCGUCCUCUUACAGAGGAACCUGGCCCAUCAGAAGGGACCUCUGGGCCAGCCAGCAGAUGGGCUUCUCCACUCAGCAAAGCACGUCGACCACUGUACAUAACGAUAUAGCCAGCGUGAUGAGCUUCUCAUCGAAUUCUGGCGGGACCCUUGGCUGUUCCUCCGAGGUCCAGGGCGAUAGGAGGUUGGGAGCGAAGGUGGACGUGGUGUACAACCUGCUGGGAAUGCUGGGCAGCACGGAGGGUGGCGAGGACAUGAGCGCGACUCUGCUCUCGAUGAGUAAUUCGACGGACAAUUGUCUGAUCAUGAGGCAGUCGGGAUGUCUGCCUCUGCUGGUGCAGCUGAUUCACGCCCCGAGGCAGGACCUGGAGACCAGGGAGAGGGCUUCCAGGGCGCUGCACAAUAUAGUUCACGCGAAGAGCGACGAGCGUGCUGGGCGACGCGAGGCCAGGGUACUUCGGUUCCUGGAACAGCUGAGAGACUAUUGUCAGGCUCUGCGAUCAUCUUUGGAGACGGGGCAGGUUCCCGACGACUUGGAGAGACACCCAGGACCCACUAUAGCCGCGCUGAUGAAACUCUCUUUCGACGAAGCCCAUCGUCACGCGAUGUGCCAGCUCGGAGGACUGCACGCGGUAGCCGAGCUGAUCGAGAUGGACCACAUGGCCCACGGCAGCGAGUGCGACGACCAAAACUGCAUCACCCUGCGUAGGUACGCCGGAAUGGCGUUGACGAACCUCACGUUCGGCGAUGGGAAUAACAAGGCGCUGCUCUGCUCGUUCCGCGAGUUCAUGAAAGCGUUGGUCUCGCAGCUGCGAAGUCCCAGCGACGAUCUGAGACAGGUGACCGCCAGCGUCCUAAGGAAUCUGUCGUGGCGGGCGGACACCAGCAGCAAGCAAACCUUGAGGGAAGUAGGUGCCGUGACCGGUCUGAUGAAGGCCGCGAUGGAAGGCAGAAAAGAAUCGACGCUGAAGUCGAUCCUCUCCGCGCUCUGGAACCUCUCGGCGCACUGUAGUACAAAUAAAAUCGACAUCUGCGUCGUGGAUGGCGCGCUCGCUUUCUUAGUGGACAUGCUGAGCUACAAGGCGCCGUCCAAGACUCUGGCGAUAGUGGAGAACGCGGGCGGUAUACUGAGGAACGUCUCCAGCCACAUCGCCGUCAGGGAAGAUUACCGAGCCAUCGUCAGGGAAAGAGGGUGUCUGCAGGUUUUGCUGCAACAGCUGCGGUCACCCAGCUUGACCGUGGUCAGCAAUGCCUGCGGAGCGCUCUGGAACCUCUCGGCCAGAUGUCCGCAGGACCAGAGACUGCUGUGGGACCUGGGCGCGGUGCCCAUGCUCCGCAGUCUCAUUCAUUCCAAGCACAAAAUGAUCUCGAUGGGCUCGAGCGCAGCUUUGAAGAACUUGCUGAGCGCUCGGCCGGGUUGCAACAACCUUGUCCAUUUGGAUUCGACCGCCCGUGGACUGGGCCUUCCAACGUUGCCCACGUUGGUCGCUCGCAGGCAAAGAGCCCUGGAACAGGAGAUAGAUCAGAACCUGGCCGAGACCUGCGACAACAUCGAGCCGAGCACGUCCCCCACGAAUAAGGACGAUAAGUUCAUCUUCAAGAUGGACCACAGCUUCCUUGGGAUCAAUGCACGGGCGUUGCGUAACUAUCAUCUGCACAAUCAACCGGGAACGUCCAGCGCGAAAUGCAACGGGGUCGCCAGGAGCGAAAGCAGGGACUCCAUGCGCUCUAUCACCAGCACCCACUCGGACACCAUGUUCGAGCGUGUGAACCGCCACGUGCUGAACGGACUGUCUCCCACGGACAUCCAGAUCAAGCAACAGUCCUCGUCCCUUCAUUCGGCUGUCGGCUUCGACACCGGAAUGUCCAACGACAACCACGUCAAGACCUCCUCCGAGAAGAAGUACACACUAAGGUACAAGAACGCGAUCCCCGAUAGAUUGAAGUCCUCGGAUGGCUACAACGACAUAGGGGAACUGCGGUGCACCAACUCCACCAUCUCCUGGUCCUCCGCGCCGGACCAAGAGUCCGCCUGUUCGCAGAAUCUGCUGCACUCCUCGGUGGAGGACAAUCUACCGCAAAGCGUAUCCUCGAAAGCCGGCAGUCAGUCCAGUGUCUCGGAGGAGACCGAGUUGAUCGUCUGCCAGAAAACCGAAUACAUCACCGGCAAAUCUGGAAUCGAUACGCCAGCCUCCUUGACCUUCAACAGCAGCAACUCCCCUGGCAACGACAACUUCAGCAAUAUGUACGACAAAACAGUAUUGCAUCAGCAUAACCCGAUGAACACCAUACAGAAAACCAUCUCGCCGACUGUCGGCCAUUGUACAGAGGGAAACUUGUUCAGCGAUUACGCCGAGACCGAUUUGGAUCAACCGACCGAUUAUAGCUUGCGGUAUGCUGAACGUAGCCUGGACGAGGAUAAACAGCAUUCUCAUUAUUUUGCGAGCAGCGAACAAGAGCUCAUUCACGACGAUACCCUGAAGACUUACUGCACCGAGGGAACGCCCCAUGGAUCGUCUCUGAACUCUUCCAGGGCUGCUUCUGCGUCCGAUCUGCAGGAGGAUAAUAGGCAAAGGUGUACCAUGAAGAAGAUACAGGAGCAAAGAAAGCUGCACGACAAACAGGAGUUUAGCUUGCAGGCUAAGAGCGAUGUCGAGGAAAACGGACAUUCGGUCAAGAUCCCAUCGAGUUUGAGAACACCGCACACGCAAACGUCAUCAGACAACUUGCGCUCGGACGAAAGUAGUAACAUGGCAUCUAGUUCGGGGAACGUGAAAUCAGACGUGGAGAAAAAGUAUGAGAAUGAAAAUGAAAUGUUCGGAAAAAACGGUAAAAAUUUCCCCACGAACGGAGUUAAUUCAUAUGGGGCCAGUGCAUUGAAAGCGUCUAACGAUUCAGGAUAUCAAGUCAGUGAUGGAGAUGAGGAUGACGAAGAUCUACUGACAGCUUGUAUUAAUAUUGGAAUGCAAAAUAAUAGGCACAGACACUCCUUCAUAGGAAACAAUUUCGAAAAGCUUCCUCGGAGUGAAAGUAAUCUAGCUAGGUAUCAGACAAGCGUGGCGUUAGAUCAAGUGGAAUGCAACGUAUUAACUGAUUCCACUAUGAAUAAUCUAGACACGAAUCGAAUAGUAUGCGAGGAAAGCAAUGACACGAUUAAUUCGUCGAGUGUGAAUAUUGUAUCCGAUUAUAGCGUGUAUACAAACAAAUUAACUCAGAAGAGGAUAGAAACCGAGGCCGCGGAAGAGUAUUCGAGCAUUUUGCAAAAUCAACUUGAAUACAUAAGCGAUAACGUUGAGCACAUUACCGAGAUAGGCGACGACAACCUCUGCAAGUUUUCGCUCCCUUCGAAUUUGAGGAAUAGUCCUAUUUUAAACGAAACGAUAGUUUUCAACGCAGAGCCGAAUCAGCAACAGUAUCUGUCCAGCAUCGACAUCGAGUCGAACGAAGACAUGUCGUCCCUGGUGCACAACGAUCUUCUUGAGGACGAGAGGCUGACAGAGAACAGUGAAAAUGAUAAAACAGCAGACGUGUCGAAGGAGAGGAUCGUAGAGAACUCGAUGCAACAAUCUUACACGAAAGUAACAGACUCGGAAAGCAGCGAAUCCAUCGAUUCCGUCGAGCAAUCUGAACACGCUCUUCUAGAACUGUGCAUUCAACCUGGUUUGUCGAAGCCCAUCGACAAUACGAGCAAAAUUGCGCUGAAAUCGAAAAUCCUAAACCGGUUCGAGGAGAAAGAAAUCGACUAUUCGGACAGCAGCGGUCGAAUGGAUGACACGGUGGACGGCAUUCGGAAGGAUGACACCAGUGAGAAGCACAAAUCGGCGCAUAAGAAUAGCGACACGCCAAAGCAUGGAAAGAAGGAGGACAUAUAUCGGCGGCAGAGAGAUCCAGACGCCAUGAUUGCCUCGUUAGACCGAUUGACAGCCACGUUGGUCCAGCAGACAGAAGCAAUUCGGGAACGCGACUCCGGCACCAUGAAGCAGAGCAUACUGAGCGACACCUGGAACGAGGAUUCGCCCAACGAAGUUUCGUUCCCUAGCAUCAGCAUGAGCGCACCUAUUAUCGCUUCGUUCAAAAGCGACGCGCAGGAGGACCCAGGCACCGUCACCUCCGAAUACGCGACAGCCAGCAGCGACAGUGCUCAUAUGACGAACUCGAAGAUCAUUCAAAGAGAAGCGAUAAAGCUGGCCGAGGCUGUGGACGCAGAGAUGAACAAGCAGAACGAGAUGGACACGACGAGCAUGACUUCCAUGGAUCUGGAGGCCAUCAAGCCUCCGUCCUUAAUGGGAAGCAUGUUAUCAUUGAUAGCAAGCUAUGCCGGCUCGGGUGACUGCAGCGAGGCGAUCGUCAAUAGAGACCGAUGCAACUCUACGUCGCUUCCUCCCAUUCAAGUAAGAAACUCGUCCUUGACAGACUCGAGAAGCUGUCGCAAAAAGUCCCUACCUCUGGGCGUGGUGGCUAAACGAGCGUUGAGUCAAAAUCAGACUCACACCAGCAGCUUGGAGAAUCUGUUGAACGAGUGCACCGGUUCGCACUUGGACAGCGUCAAGCCACCGUCGAUGAUGGACGAACUGCCGGAUGUGGGCGACAUGGAGAACAGCAUGCUUAGCGUGGCGAGCAUCACGUCGGAGGUGGCGGACCCCAAGGACCAGGACUCUCAAAGUCUAACCGCAAGCGACGCUGUUUUCGACUUGUUGAAGCCUGUGGCCAAUGUCCUUUCCAUAACCUGCAUGCGAUACGCUGAAAACAUGCAGAGCAGCGCGAACAACAGCUUGAGCGAGUACCUGGAGAACAUCAAUCCACCCUCGUUGUUCAACGAGGUCUGCGAGAUGGACGAAUCAACGGUGGAACACGUCACGGAGACUGUCUGCAGCGACACGUUGUGCAUCGAUGCGGAAUUGCGCACCGAGGAAGCUCCGCAUCCGAUGGUCGUUGACAAGAUCGACGAAGUUGGCAACGACACGGACGAAGCAGUUACCCCGAUCUCCUCGGAGUACUGUGUCUCAAGCUCUGCCGAGUCGACGCCGAAGAAGCGGCUGCACAGGAACCUCACGCCGAAGCAGAAGCGGAAUUUGGCCAAGGAGAGGUUCAAAACGUACACCAUAGCCGCGGAGAUGAGCAAGAAGGAGGCGGAAACGGACAAGCAGGAAAACGAGAACAGGGAGAACAAAAUUCCGCGUGGCAAAUUGUCGCCGUUUUCCAAGCUGACGCCCAAACAACGAAGACAGGAGGACAGGGCAAGGUUUCGGACGCAGGUGUUGGAGAUUCCAUUCCCGGAGGUGACCCAAGAUCUACCGGAAACUGACAAUAGCUGGGACACGGAGAGUCCUGUGUCGUCGGAACCGAUGUCCCCUGUGAAAUCUGCUAUUCCCAAACCGACGAAGUUGUCGGCUUGCAAAACGUUGAUCAAGAAACGCAUGGAGCAGAAGAAGAACAGAGAUAGGUACCGCACGAUAACGUUGAACAAUUCGGAAUGCAUGUUCAAGAACGCUGACGGGAACGCCGCUGCGAACGGGCCGGACGAGAAUUCAUUGGCUAUAACGCACACUAUUCAGUCGGACGAGAUUCAAACUAUGCUGGAGCAGAAUGCUACCAUCGUGUUGAACACGUUGAACGAGUCGAACAAGGCGAAUCAGAACGUCGAGGAGCCGCUGCUGGACUGCGAGACCAUCAGUUUGGUGUCGAACGAAUCGGAGUCGCAAGAACGAAACUUGCGAAUGCGUUUUGUCAAUGGCGUUUCCAAGAAGCUGAUAGGCGCUUGCAGCCAACAAAUGGAUGAAGCGCGCGAGGUGGAGGAGAAUAAAGACAACGCCAGGAUCGAGUGUAGGUCGCAGGAAGAUGUCAGGUACGAUACCGUGGAGAGCGAUAGCGAGAAUGAAUCCAACAACGCCGAGGAACCGCCUCGAGAGACCAAGAGACCGCGGAUUAUAAAACCAGGCAUGGUGAGGGAUCCCAGUAACGAUUCGAACGCUACAGAUAAAUCAGAACCAGAGAGUCCGAAGGCCAUCCGUGGUAGAAGGAAGGCUCUCUACUCGAAUCCCAUUACUAGAAAACCAACCCCUCAAUCGUCUCCAUUGAAACAAGUGAAUCCUGUCAGCGGUAUACCCAUAGGUAGGAGCAAUACAUCGCCCAUAGUCAGAGCAACCAGAGCUACCACUCUUCGGCAGAACAACAACAGCUCGAGCAAUUUAACUAAAGAAUCUUCGAGAGCAAGUUUUCAAAAGACUUCAACUUUAACGGACGCGGAGAAACGAACGAGGAACGUUUCAGCCGCCGCGAAGAGGGCGUCGGUUCCCCAAAAAGGGUCAUCGUUGACCUUUACCAAAUCCGUGAAGCGACACAGCACGCCUCCGACUUGCUCCUCGAAUUUCCAGCAGGACAGUAAAACAGAGGUAGCCGUGAAGCCGUUGGAACGGCAGGGUACAUUUACCAAAGACGAACCGGAAGUAGAGAACGCGCCGCUGGUGGUCUCCUCGUCCUCCUCGCCCAUCAAAACGAAGAUCGCAAAACCGAUCAAGGGUGCCACCUCCAAGGUGCAUCCGACGAUGAUGGUGAAACCGAAAAUUGCGCCAAAGACCCUUCAAGCGCACCAAACGAAAGGCGCGAAGGGAAAUGCCGUGGAGAAGAUGCAGUCCCCUAAAGCGUUGCCGCUGUUAGUCGCACCGAAACGUUUGCCUACGGGAAAAUCGACUUCGGGCUCGAAAGUCCCGACCGGUAAUCAGAGCGCUGCGCAAGCGGAAAACGGUAAGGUUUUUCGCAAAAUAGGCCCCCUGGGCCAAAGAUCCAAUAGUAAUUCUAGCAUCGUGUCGAACUCGUCAACAGGGAUGCAGACUAGAAAGCUAGCGAAGGAGGCGACUAGCAAAAUCGCGAGUCUCUGGAAAAAGGUCGAGGAGAGCAAGAACAAACAACGGUUGGAGAAACCCGACACUAGACAAUGGCUACAGCCUAGCAGUUGUGCCAAUGUCGUGGAUGCACCCUCGGCCGUGGUCAAUCCGCCAGCCUUCAGGCUAUUCCGUAGCUCCACGUUCGAGGGUGUACCCCAAGAAAACGAUAAUCCCGAGUCCGCCUUGUACAAGUCAAAAUCGAAAAGACCUCUGGUAGUGGGCAUUCAGCCCAGCAAAGUGAAGUACAGAAACUCUUGUGAUUUGAGCGGGAUGAACGCGAACGACGCUCCUUGCAAAAUACCUGUAAAGUCCGGCGACGCUUCUACGCAUAGAAAGGACGCUGUCCAAGUAGCGGACGCUUCGGUGAUUUUACGGAAGCCACAGAACACUGAGUCUUCCCCGAUGGAGAUAGACCCAACUAAACGAAUAUCACGCCUCGGUUCCUUCAUUAGAGUGGACUCUGCGAACGCAGACGGCUCUGCACAAACGUACGUGAAUGGCAGUGGUGUCCGCACACCCGCCUCCGCCAUUGUACCGCCCUUUAAUUACAAUCCGAAACAACAAGACAUUCCUUCCCAGACAACCAAAGUUCCAGCGAACGAAAGUGAAAGCAAAUUUGGGGUGGCCGAUUGUCACAGUGACAUUGUCACGGCAUCGACGAGAGUAACGACAGUAUAGGAGACGCCCCCGAUCUAUUUAAGGAAAGAGUAACAACCCUUACGGUAGUAUCGCUUUUUCGUUUCAGGCUAGUCAUUGUACAUUUGCUUCAUGGUGUGCCGGCAACGAUGUCCGCACACACGAUACGCAUUGCAAGUACUCGAUAAGUAAGUUCAACCAUUUCAUUUUACCUCAUUGUUCGAAAGACACGGAAAAUCUCCAUCGUAUUUCACUGAUUUUUACACGAUCGAAUAUACAAGAAUGGUCAUCGGACUGUUUGUUUGUUGCAUCGCUGGGUGCAAGUUUUUUAUGAGGUACGAAUAAAGUGUGAAAUAGCAGCUGGAAAUUCUAAUAUCAUUCCUAUUCACUUUGCGUGUUGUAUAUACAUUACUACUGAGAAGUCCCACGAUUAGAGGGGAAAAUACUUUGAAAAAUCUGUAGUAUGUAGCAGUGAUUAUCCUCGAUUAUUUAUUCAAUUUUGUAUAUAUUAAACAUGAAUGAACAAAAAAAGAAAAGAACAAAACAAAACUGUAGAAAGUUUAGUGAUAUGUAUUGCGACCCAUGGAUGUAUAAUGGCAAGAGAUAAACUGAUUGCUGUACAUCUUUGUAAUAGGUAAAUUCGCAAGGAAUGAGAUCUGUAUUUUGUUUCCAUCGUAACCGAUUUGUAUUCUAUCGACGGAUACAAAAUCUGAUUACUUUUUAAAGACUGAUAGGAACACGACGAGGAUUCGGUCAAAGCUUGGACACCUUCAACACGACAGAAUGUUAUUGACAAGAAGGUAGUAACAUUUGUAUCGAUGUAGCGGUCUAAGUAAGUAACGCUAAAACCGGCAUUAUAUAAAAAGAAAAAGAGACAAAAUUUUGUAAACUUUUACUUUAAGUUUCUAGUCUACUUAAAAAUUAACAAGUGAAGUAGCUUCUAUUUUGGUCAUAAUGUACUACGUAAAAUCGAGAUUUGCAUGUAAGAACUGUCUACAGGAUUCGACUGUUACCCUUUCUAAAAUUCAUGUAGGUACGGCUAGAAGUGUGUACGGAUCAAUUACGUAUUUACCGAUCUGAAAAUUGAAAAACUUUGGCUUGGCGUUUAUCUAACUUUUAAUUGAAUACGUUUCCUUCUCAAAUUCAUUUAAGAAAAAUUUACUGUAUAUUUGCGGCAUCAAAGAGUAUUAUGGAUUCUUUUAGUUUUCGUCUAUAUCGCGUCAUCUUUCCUUCUGCAUGGCGUCGUAUAAGAUCCGACAGAUUCAUUAGAAGGAAGAUGUUUGACACAAUAUAGAGUAGCUUUCACUGUGGAUUAUUUUCCGAGAUUUGUUAUGCGUGUUUUACCCUGUUCCAGUUCGAGUUAAUUAGAUUUAACCCUCCCAACUUGGAACCAUACCAGGGUAGCUUUAUGUUCUCCUUUUCGCAGAUUUGGUCUGUACACUGGAUUCUGUUUUCCCUUACAGUUCGUUUGUAAUAAUCAUUGUCUUUUACUUAGAUCUUAAGCGUAAUUCAUCUUUUGUUACAUUGUACUUUAGAUUUGGCAGACAUCUUAAUGAUUUGUAUAUUAAUAAUUGCAGUACAAUAAAAUUUAUAGCUACUAAUAUCUACUUUGAUGUUUCUGUCACGGGGAGAAUAAUACAACUCUGUGUCACUAAAACACAUGUGUCAAAGAAGAGUAAUACUUCAUAAAUUGUAAAAUACUUCAAGGAAAAACAAUAAAUAUAAACAUUUAUUAAUCUA